GUAUCCUCACAUUUAAGAAGACAGUGGAUUGAGAUGGGAAUGAUUAAGGGGUUUUUACCUUACAGUCAACCCAUGUGUAAAGAAACCUCAUAACCUCCAGAGAUCGUAUAGGAUCACACAAGCGUUCUGGACUUACAUGACUUUUCUCUCCAAAUUACCGUUGUUCUACAAUAAUUUCUGGAAACAACUUUGUGAUUUUGUUUCUGAUAAUAUAUCGUCUUGGAUCUUCAAGCAGACUAUAUUUUGCCUAAUGCCCAUCAUACGUAGUAAACCUACAGGAAUCGUCAAGAGUGAAGAAGGCGCAGGAGAAUCAAGAAGAAGAUCAACUUAAAGAAGAGAAAGGAGGAGGAUUGAACAGAGAUGGAAGUCUUAUCAUCCGGAUUUCAUUUGACAUCAGUCAUCUCUCUAGUUUUAUACCUGUGUAUCUUCCUAUUACUAUCAUGCAUUGUUCUAUUCUUUCUCGUCGUUCUUCAUCAAGGAUGGAAGUUUAGGCACAUUCCGGGACCCAAACGAAGCAGUGUCAUUUAUGGUUGCCUCCAGGAAGUACGGGAAUUUCUUGAAAAGGGGAACAACAAACUUGAUCUGUUGAUGAAAUGGCAGGCGGAAUAUGGGACUGUGUUCAGAUAUUCGAUACUUCAUCGAUAUAUUGUUGUUGCAUUAGAUCCAGAUGUGGUCAAGGAGAUUCUUGGGAAGCCGAGUGUUCAUUGGAAACCGUAUGUCCCCUAUGGUAUCAUGGGAACCCUCUUAGGAAAUCGUUUCAUGGGCAAUGGUCUUAUAACGGAAGCUAACCAUGCCAGAUGGAAAAUACAUCGUGCAAUGCUCAAUCCAGCCUUCAAUAGAAAGUACUUGAUGACAAUGGUUGAGACAUUUAAUGAUCACGCGGACCACUUAGUGAGUUAUCUUACAGACAGAGCUGACGGUUCGCAAGAAGUUAGCAUGUACGACGCAUUUAACAAUGCCACUUUGGAUAUCAUAGCCAAAGCGGGAUUCGGUCUUGAAUUGAAUGUUCUUGAUAAUCCUAACAACCCGUUUCCUAACGCCAUUCUAACCUGUUUGAAUACAAUACAGAGUUGUAUUCAAAACCCAUGGAUGAAGUACGGUUUAACGAGCAAAGUCAAGAAAGCCAAAUCAGAGGUAAAAGAUGCUUGCGAUUUGCUCCGCCGAGUUGGUAAGAGCUGUGUAGAGAAUCGUUUGGCGGCCAAGGCGAGGGGUGAAGAACUUCCACUAGACAUGCUGACAAAUAUCCUUGAAGCCUCAAAAGAUCUCAAGGGGGAUGAAAACUUCGGCAUCGAGGAGAUGUUGGACGAGUUCGCCACGUUCUUCAUUGCAGGUCAAGAAACAACAAGUAAUGUCAUGUCAUUUACGCUAGAGCAGCUAGGAAAGAAUCCACGAGUCUUACAAAAACUUCAAGAAGAGUUGGAUGAAAAGAUUGGAGGGCAGACGUUUAUUAGCUUCCACGACAUGGGAAAACUGGAAUACCUAAAUCUCGUUUUGAAAGAAGCUUUACGGAUGUACGCCCCUGCAUCUAUAGUGAAUCGAGUAACAGGUACGGACGUCAAGGCUAGCACAGGGAUAGUCAUACCCAAAGGAAGUCAGGUUUCGUUGAGCCCGUUUGUCAUGGGUCGUAUGGCUGAAUACUACGAGGACCCGCUUAUCUUCCGCCCAGAAAGGUUCAUUGAGAGCAAACACUCUCCAUAUGCAUAUUUCCCGUUUGGAUAUGGUCAGAGGUCGUGUAUCGGACAACAAUUUGCACUGAUUGAAUCCAGAAUAAUCAUGGCGAAACUGUUGCAGAAAUUCAAGUUUGAUUUGGUGCCUGGCCAGAGCUGGAACAUCUCCUUUGCAGUCACCAUAAGGCCUGUAGACGGUUGUAAGAACUACGUCUCACUCAGACAUUAAUAAAGACUUUUAUGACUCAAAUUUCAGUCCCUUAAUAAGCCUAGACCGGACUACAAUUGCAAAGUACUGGACUAUCCUUUCACAUUUCAAAUUUUAGUCCAGCAUGAGCCGACUCUGGCCGAGAAAGCAGAUCAUGUUAGUGGAAUGAAUCUUCUACAAGGGUUUUGAGAGAGGUUAUCCUGUGUCUGUUAAGUCUACUUCAAUCUUUUGACCCAGGGGACGCGGAACGUUUUUAAGGGGUGGGGGGGGGGGGGCUGACUAUGCAAAAUAUCACAAUCCUAUUGUCAUUUUUACGUUUUU